CUGAACCCAUAAGCAGUACAAUACCCCUCCGAUCACAAGAUCUUCAACUUGCCUCUAAUGGCUUCCUCUGUUCCACAAUACCCCUCUGAUCACUUCACUUUCUGCAAUGAAUACUGUGAGUUUCUAACUCCUAUCGGCGGCAGCGCAAUGUGGGUCGAUGAAGAAGGCUCACCCUUCUUUGACAAUAAUGGAGCACUAGUACAUGUUGAUACUAUGGUGCCGCCAGAAACUGAUGUCACGUCGUCGUUUAAUUCAGUGAUACCAUUUCCGGAGCGGUUGGGGGUGUCCCCGGACAUGGCUGUACCUGUGUUGGCUGAGUUCAAUCAGGGGUUAAGUGGCAUUAUUGCCGGAAGUAGUGAGAGUUUUGAAUCAUAUUCAACUGGUAGUGGUGUAUGCUACGUGCAGGAUGUGUGCGAGUUUGGAGAGGAAUAUUGCAAUGGUAUCGUGCCUGAUUAUCAGGCUGUUUAUCCCUCUUCCAAUCACAAUUGGGGUUUCAAUCAAGUUACUCAAGUGCCAAUAAUGGAGGAACCCGGUUCUAAGGUUGGCAAGUACUCAGUCGAAGAAAGGAAGGACAGAAUUCUCCGAUAUCUUAGGAAGAGAAAUCAAAGGAACUUCAACAAAACUAUCAAGUAUGAAUGUCGCAAGACCCUGGCCGAUAAGCGGGUCCGAGUUCGCGGAAGAUUCGCCAGAAACAAUGAGCUGUGCGAUGGAGAUCAUUCAGUACUGACGACGGAAAAGAACAACAACAACGACGACAACAACAACAAUUUUCACGAAGACGGAGGAUUUUACAACGACGAGACUGUUAAGAUCAAAUAUGAUGUCGAGGAUGAUUGGCUACAAGAGGCUAUCUCGAGUCUCGUGUAUUUACCCUAUGUUUCAGGCUGAUAUAUAUAUAUAUAUAUAUAUAUA